AUGCAGAACACCAGAUCAAACAACUCCAAUCAACAGCAAGAAGAGCUCCAGCAAGGGCGCAAAUCUACUUUGGCCGCUAGAGCAACUCGAGGUAGCAGCCUAGCACCGCAUGUCGGCUCCAAUACAGCCUCAAGUGGAUUGGCCAAGGGACACUUGAACGCCGGCGGACGUUCGGCCAUGUUGGCCCAAUCACGCGCGGCCAGCCAACCAGUCGAACCUCAUGUACCCGAGGAAUGCUCCAAUAAAGAAGAUGUGGCAGUCGAAACCACACCCAUGCAAGAGAAAACCAAGGAUACGGCUAACGAGGAAGCGCCCACCCCCGGAGGAGCGCCAUCCACUAAGGAUCAAGAAACGGAAGGCGAUGGAUCUGAGGAAGACAAUCAAAAUGAUAGAGAAGUUUUCAAAAGUUUGUCUUUUAAGAAGGUACCAAGAUCUCAUGAGCCAGCUGCUGAACUACCCUCGACUCAGAUGAAAAGGGAAGUGAAAGUAGCGGAAGCACAAAGGCAAUACGACAAAGUCAAAGUGUUGUAUGAUAAAACUAAGGAGCAUGUGAUGAAACUCGAAAGCAAUGCUGCUGAAGGCGCCAUCAACAGGUCCCUUCAAGUGUCAAAGAAGUUUCUCGCUGAGCUGCAUGAAACUAUGAAGGAGAAUGAAUCCAACUUGUUUGACGCACUCAACAGCAAUACGCCAGAAGUAGUGUAUGUGUGCACAGUGUAUAAUCCUCCCACACCUGCCACCAAGCCAAUACCUAUUGCCAAAAAACGCAAGGCAGGGACUCCUCUUGACAAGGUAGACCACAAGAAGAAGAAGGAUGUCAAUCCUAAGUCAUUCCUUGAUGUGGAGAGUAAAGAGUCUAACAAGGAAACUCGAGAAGAAAUCUUAGGAGAUCAACAAGGAGCGCGUGGAAGGAAGAAGAGCCGCGCUAUAAUCACUCAAGAGGUGGAUAAGUGGGCUGAAGGACCUAUGGAUGCUCCUGAUCCUGAGAACAAUCAAGACGUGUUUAUGAAGGAUGCUAUGAAAGAAAAGCAAGCUGGGAAGAAGAAAUCAACCGAAGUUGUGACUGAAGGUCCCGAUAUGAUGAAGGUCGACGAGAACUGUAUUUUCCAUGUGGCUAAACCUGAUCUCAGCUUCUAUCGUCCUCGUGGUGCUAUUGGCUUAUUUACUCUUCUUUCUCCAGUGAUUGUAACUGAGACUACCCCGGACGAAGUUUCAGAGAUUGAAGCCACCAGAGAUGAGAUCAAAUCAUCUCAUUUCAACUGGGGUGAUGUCCUUGCUGCUCCAGUGGCCAACAUCAUUUACUGCUGGGCAUACGAUUCUGAUUCUACGAUUGGCCAUCCAACCUCGAGUGAUCUGGCGCCCCACCUCAUGUAUGUCAGGUCCUUAGUUGAGGAUAAGGAGUUGAUGAUUUUGCGAUUACAAACUGCUCUUCACUCGAUGUGUGUCAGGACAAAUCGAGACCCGGACUGGACCAAGGAUCAGAUGAUCAAAGGUCACAUUCACACUGGUUACGCAAUUCUGCACAACAUUCUAGCGGACAGUCUCAAGGUUGUAGCUUACGAUUAUGAUCACAGUUCAAUCAAUAUUAGAGUUGAUGGUGAAGACGGAGUCCACGAGUCUACUAGUGAAAUGAGUAAGACUAUUGCUUGGUUAUUCCGUCAAUGUACCUCUGGCAACGAUGAUGCUAUCUCUAAGCGCGGGAAAAUCUCAAACGCCACUGUCAGGACUCUUCAACGAAAGUACUUCAUGGUAUUGAUGGCCGUUAACUUGAUAGUUGAAAGUGAGAUCAACAAUAGUAUAAUUGCAUUAUCAACUCAGGCCGGAGCUACUGUUCGAGACAUCAAAUCCUUGAAAGCCUCUCAGCGCAAGGAUACGGUGAUCCAUCAACUAAUGAACGACAGGAAUAAGUAUUCUACCUCACGAGUGAAGUCCAUUGCCGCCAGUUCCGCCCCACCGAAAUCAAUUGAGCCUGCGUCUUCCUCUCAAGCAGCAAAUCCGUCUACUAGCAAAAUUCCGGACAAAGUCAAAGCUCAAGAUUCCCGUGAUGUGUCAGAGUUCAAGAAGGAGUCUCUGCACUACUUGGCGUUAUUUUUGAUGUUUGGAACUGCAGGUUUAUUUCAUACUUGGCCUAACUAUAAGGAGCAAAACAUGCCAGAGUCAGCAAUCUUCAUUAAUCUAGCAUCAUUACUGGUAGAUCGUCAAUAUGAAGAGUAUCGCGCACAAGAAGGAGCACAUGUAUUUGGAGCUCAAGCUUGGAAUCGCCUCGACGACCUGAUGUUCACCUCUCUUCAGAUGUUCCUUCAAGAGUGGGAUUUGAUGAAGCUAGCAGGACUGUUUAUGUUGGACUUGCUCACCGAAACGCACCGCCCUGGCCUAUCUCUUGGUAUCAAUGGACUUGUUAUGGAUCAUGUCAAUAUCGAGAAGACUUUACUGAAGUUGAAACUCAACGGGCCCGAAACGGAAUCCUUUCGCGCCCUGUGGGGACCAACCAAAGGUCCCCUACAUCCAGUUACUCAAGGUGGCAGUGGUUUGUAUCCUGAAAAGGAGCCUAAUGGUGAGUUUACUAAACAGAGUAACCCUCAAACUCGAAUGAGCAAUGACAUUAGGAAGUCCAAGGAGAAGUCACAAGCGACUCAGGAUGUGGCAGAGGAAGAUGCUGAGGUGGAAGAAGAUGCUGAGCUAGAAGUAGAAGUUGAUGAUGAUGAAUGA